GAAGCCACUGGCUCCCGCGUCGCCCGCUGCCCCCACUGUCCCCGCGGUCCCCACAGUCCCCCGAGUCCCCGCCGUCCCCGGAGUCCCUGCUGCUAGAGUCUCUGACCUGGGUGCCAUCGGCCAGGCAAGCGAAGAUGUCCCUUCCCUCCUCGGCGGAGCUACGGGAACACAGCAUCUCAAUUUCAUCAGCACUGUUGAAAGAAGAAGAAAAAAUGUCAUUGCUAUAUCCUGGAAUCAAAUAUGAGACUUCUAAAAUCACUAGAAAUUCCUUUGAAAGUUGUUUUCUUUUUGAGAGUAGUUGGAGGAAAGCAGUUUUGGAAACACAAAAAAUAAGGAAAGAAUACACCACAGCAUUUGGUCUAGAAGAGGUCAAAGAAUGUGUCAAAAAGCCAUAUUUCCCAGGACUGCGAAGUUGCCACAAAAGUUUAAGUUCCAUUCCACUAGACGUUCAUAAAAGACUGCUGCCUGCUGACGUUGAGAUGCCCAGGGUCAGGAUAAAGAAGUCUAGAGAGACGUGCACGAUGGCACCAUUGCAGGAGAAAUCCAAAGGUUGUAGCUUUAGUGAUCCUCUCACUGGAGCACCAUCCCAAUACUUACAGAGGCUUUCCAGAAUGGCCAUUUUGGAAUAUAAUACCAUUCGCCAGGAAGCAGCCAGAAAAUCAAAAAAAGGCAAGAAACAAGAACUACGAGAUUGCUGAUAAAUAUCACAGAGUGUGAUGCAUUUUUCACUGAUUUUUAAAGGAUAUAUU